AGCGGGAGGAGGAGCUGCGGCUUCAGCGGCCACUCGGGCAGGUCGGCGGCGCCACGGGAAGCCGCCGACGGCGCGGGCUGCCUGUCCCAGCGCGCAGGAGGCGCGCGGGCGGCGCUGGGGCCAUGGAGCCUGGUGACGCGGCACGCCUCGGCCCGGAGCGGGUGGUUCGGGCGCUGCCACCGCGGCUGCUGCUGCUGCCGCUGCUCCCGCUGCUGCUGGGUCGGGGGCUGCGCGCGGCGGCCUCGGCCUCCUCCUCUGGGGCGGCGGCCGAGGACAGCAGCGCCAUGGAGGAGCUCGCCACGGAGAAGGAGGCGGAGGAGAGCCACCGGCAGGACAGCGUGAGCCUGCUCACCUUCAUCCUGCUGCUCACGCUCACCAUCCUCACCAUCUGGCUCUUCAAGCACCGCCGGGUGCGCUUCCUGCACGAGACCGGGCUGGCCAUGAUCUACGGGCUCAUCGUCGGGGUGAUCCUGAGGUACGGCACCACUGCCACCAGUGGUCAUGACAAGUCACUCAGCUGCACUCAGGAAGACAGGGCCUUCAGCACCUUAUUAGUGAAUGUCAGCGGGAAGUUCUUCGAAUACACCCUGAAAGGAGAAAUCAGCCCUGGCAAGGUCAACAGUGUAGAGCAGAAUGACAUGCUGAGGAAGGUAACAUUUGAUCCAGAGGUCUUUUUCAACAUUCUGCUGCCUCCAAUUAUUUUCCAUGCUGGAUACAGUUUAAAGAAGAGACACUUUUUCAGAAACCUUGGGUCUAUUCUGGCCUAUGCCUUCUUGGGGACUGCCGUUUCCUGCUUCAUUAUCGGAAAUCUCAUGUAUGGUGUGGUGAAGCUCAUGAAGAUUGUGGGGCAGCUCUCGGAUAAAUUUUACUACACGGAUUGUCUCUUUUUUGGAGCAGUUAUCUCUGCUACUGACCCAGUGACUGUCCUGGCGAUAUUUAAUGAAUUGCAUGCAGAUGUGGACCUUUACGCACUUCUGUUUGGAGAAAGUGUCCUAAAUGAUGCUGUUGCCAUUGUACUGUCCUCGUCUAUUGUUGCCUACCAGCCAGCGGGGCUGAACACUCACGCCUUUGAUGCUGCUGCCUUUUUUAAGUCAGUUGGCAUUUUUCUAGGUAUAUUUAGUGGCUCUUUUACCAUGGGAGCUGUGACUGGUGUUGUGACUGCUCUAGUGACCAAGUUUACCAAGCUGCACUGCUUCCCCCUGCUGGAGACGGCGCUCUUCUUCCUGAUGUCGUGGAGCACCUUCCUUUUGGCAGAAGCCUGUGGGUUUACCGGCGUUGUAGCUGUCCUUUUCUGUGGAAUCACACAAGCUCAUUACACCUACAACAAUCUGUCGGUGGAAUCAAGAAGUCGAACGAAGCAGCUCUUUGAGGUGUUACACUUCCUGGCAGAGAACUUCAUCUUCUCCUACAUGGGCCUGGCGCUGUUUACCUUCCAGAAGCACGUUUUCAGCCCCGUUUUCAUCAUUGGAGCUUUUGUUGCCAUCUUCCUGGGAAGAGCUGCACACAUCUACCCGCUCUCCUUCUUCCUCAACUUGGGCAGAAGGCACAAGAUUGGCUGGAAUUUUCAACACAUGAUGAUGUUUUCAGGCCUCAGGGGAGCGAUGGCAUUUGCACUGGCUAUUCGAGACACGGCAUCCUACGCACGCCAGAUGAUGUUCACAACCACCCUCCUCAUUGUCUUCUUCACCGUCUGGAUCAUUGGUGGAGGCACGACGCCCAUGUUGUCAUGGCUUAAUAUAAGAGUUGGUGUUGAUCCAGAUCAAGACCCACCACCCAACAAUGACAGCUUCCAAGUCUUACAAGGGGAUGGUCCAGAUACUGCCAGAGGAAACCGGACAAAGCAGGAGAGUGCAUGGCUAUUCAGGUUGUGGUACAGCUUUGACCACAAUUACUUGAAGCCCAUCCUCACACACAGUGGCCCCCCAUUAACCACCACUCUCCCAGCCUGGUGUGGCUUGCUCGCUCGAUGUCUGACCAGUCCCCAGGUGUACGACAACCAAGAGCCGCUGAGAGAGGAAGACUCUGAUUUCAUCCUGACCGAGGGCGACCUCACCUUGACCUACGGGGACAGCACAGUGACUGCGAACGGCUCCUCAAGCUCCCACGCAGCCCCCACGAGCGCCGAGGAGGUGCUGGAACGAGACCUGGGAAUGGGAGAGCAGAAGGUUUCCAGCCGGGGCACCCGCCUGGUGUUUCCCCUGGAGGAUAACGCGUGACUCCCCGCCCCGAGCCCUGAGUGACGGGGUAGGCCCACUGGCGGGAUGAGGAUGGCUGCGAGCUUGACGUGGGGACUUGACUGAAUGGAACUAAACACUUCUAUUUUAUUGGGGUCUGAAGAUAUCUUCACAUUUAAAAUUUAACCCAAGACGCAGCUAGUGGGGCUAAAGUGUCUCUAAAUCAAGACAAAUGCAGACCUAUUCCCACUUUGUUCACGUAGUAGUGCGCUGUUCAGAGUUAAACAAACAAACAAACUAAUAGCAUGCUUUAAUGCUCUCUUCAUUCAUUCACCUGCAGAUCUGAACAAGAUGUGGCAGGUUGAAGAACUCCUGGGGGUUCUUCCCAGGAGAGGCUUCAUAUCCAGACACAGAGAUGCAGGUCUAGCUGGUUGUAGGAAUAGCAAGGGGGGGAACAGGCUAGAAAAAGACCGUGAGGGAAGGCAGUUGAGAUUGGACCUCCAAGGAUUGUGAGGAGCUGGUGUUAAACGGGCCAGAAAACAUGAAAAAGCAAUUUGAGUGGAGGCUCCAGCAGCGAGGCUGCGUGACUGCACCCUCCUAUCAGGAUUCCUGCCCUUUUUGGCUACCUGUGUUUCCUCUAGACUGAAGGUUGGAAAAUAUGUCCAUGAACAUUUCAACAUGGGGGAACGAAUUCCAAUUCCUUCUCUGGAAAUCUCCAUAAAGAAGAAGUUAUUGAAAUGUUUGAAACCAAAGGCAAAAUAGUGUUAUACUGUUGUUUUUAAUUAAUCUGAGGACAGGAGGAACUGUUUAGAAACUGAUGGUGAUAUCACUGCAAAAAUCAGUCAGUUCUUGAAGGCUCCCAUAUGAGCUGACUGCCUGGAAAACGAUUAAUAGGACUGGGUUCUAUUGUGGAUUUAGAAAUAACACCACAAUUUGUGGGGUGCAAUUUAACUAGGGAAGAGAAGGCAGUAAGAAGCCUAAGAGGGAACAAGCUAGUAUUCGGAGGGAAGAAAUCUCACUGCAAACAAAACUAACUGCAAAAAAAAUACAAGAUAGUAUUCUUACGACUGAGUAGAAUUCCAAACUUUGAGCUAAUAAAUACAUGAGAUUUCAGUGGCCACAUGGGGAAUCAGAGGCAAGUCAAUGAAAAGUUCAGCAUUAUUCACCUUGAUGGAAGGUUCUGUCUACUGUAGACAGAUUAAGAAUCCAGAUGUCUUGACAUUGAAUGCCAUGUAGAGAAGGGCCAUUUUCUUGGUAUCUGGGGAGCCUUGCACCAGCUUAAUGUGUAAGUGUGCUUUAAAAUUUAGGUUUUUAGCUUGGGUUCUUUGUGGAUGAGCUGUUCCACCUGCCCGCACCUGCAGUAGGUGAAAUACUGAGAGAACUCUUGGAAACCAAGUUUGAGAUUCUCCCCAUGUCUCUAUGCUUCAGUGCUAGUAUAUUUGAAAACCCAAUUUCUAAAAAAUGCUUUCAUAAAAUGUGGGCAUUUUUCUUAUUAUGGCAGACAAAAUAGUGGCCCAGUUCAGUCUAGGACACCCAUAAUGAAGUCAGUCAUUUAAUCUUCUUGACUCGCAUUUUUAAUGGUUAAUUUUUAAAUAAGACAUUACUUGAUACUUUGUUUUUGAAUUGAUAAUUUAUGCAAACCAGGAAAAUUUUAUUAUUAGGUUAAGCCAUAUGAAAUUGCUGACAUUCAACCAUUUAAAAAAAAUAGGGCAAUUUCAUAUGGUUCAAUAUAAUAUAAUUGAAUCAUUUUUAUUCCUCUCUUUCCUUCGUAUCUACACUAAAGUCCAUUUUGAUUUUAUGGUCAUCCAUGGGCUUUGUCCUCUUCACUGCAAACAUUUUAUUCUAACCUACUUAAAUAUAAGUAAAUGGAGAUUUGCUAAGGCUAAAAGUUAGCUAGGUUUGUAAUUAUGUGGUUGGAUUUUUUAUUCAGUGGAUCAGAGUGAAUCACUGACCUGUCGUCCUAAUUUUGGUUUGCAAGAUGUGGAGAUUAAUCCUGACCUUACCAGGGGUCAUGGGAAGUGAGUCCACUCAUCAACAUGCUUCCACCUCUCAGAAGCAUCAUGCCUGUGCUGAGUGGCAAAAAAGUAGGCCUGAAAUCACCUCACUCAAGGCUGAGUGUGUGUUGCCAGUCUGGCAGAAAUCAGAUCGAAACUGCUAAGUAAUGGUACAUCCAGCUGAAGAAAGUUCCCCUGAGAGAGUAAUCCCAAGUCAUCUUAUAAACAUGUUUGUUCUGGGUUAGGGGGAUGACAGUUCAGUAGUCGAAUGCUCUAGAGCACAGGUUCUCAACCCUGGCUGCACAUUAGGAUUACCUGGCCAGUUUUUAAAACUAUUGAUGCUAGGGCCCUACCCUCAGAGAUUCAGAUUCAGUAGGUUUGGGGUGGGGCCUGGCUGCCAUGCUUUGUUCUAGAUCCUCAAGGAUUCUAAUACACAGCUAGGGUUGAGAGUCUCUAGUCUAGAACUUGCAGUGGACCCUAUUUGGAACCUUAAAGAAUGGCCUAGCAAUGAACGUUUUAUUUUAGUUGUUAGUCAUGUGGAACAAACAGUUGUUGAUCGGUAAUACAGACUGGGCAGCUGUGAGAGUUUCAUGCUAAUCUUUGCAGAAGUCAGGAAUGUACCUCUUAAAGUGCAACCUAGGGCUUCCCUGGUGGUGCAGUGGUUGAGAGUCCGCCUGCCGAUGCAGGGGACGCGGGUUCGUGCCCUGGUCCGGGAAGAUCCCACAUGCCGCGGAGCAGCUGGGCCUGUGAGCCAUGGCCACUGAGCCUGCGCGUCUGGAGCCUGUGCUCCACAACGGGAGAGGCCACAACAGUGAGAGGCCCGCAUACCACACACACACAAAAAAAAGUGCAACCUAAAAGGUCACUUUUGAAAACCUUAGAGCGUGAGAAGGAGAGAUGGGCAACUUGAGUGUAUGUUUGGCGGGGGGGGGGGGGAUUAAAAACCUGUCAUGUUUGCCCCCAUCUGUGGGAAAAAAGGGGUUUUGUCUUAACUGAGCUGCAGACUAAUCAAAUGUGAAGGUUUCUGAGAUGGUAUCUUUGCAGUUUAACCUGAGAUUAUAUUAAUAGUCCCCAUUGCAGUCAAGUGAACUUUCUUUCUCUUCACACUUUACUUGUCCCCAUGCCUGCAUCCACGAUGGACUCCUCAGGGUAAGGAUGGGCCCAUUUAUUGCCUGAGCAGAGGCCCCGUAUUAAGUGGAAAGUUGUGGUCACUUUGCUGUCACGUGGGGGUGGUGUCGGUAGCAGGUGAUUAAGGAGAUGCAAACUUUUGUGUAGCACUGACACAGGAAAGACAAAAACGCCUGCAAUUCCUUUUCAUACUCUUUUUGGGGACUACAAGGAGAACUGAACUAAAGAAGGAAAUUUGGAAUUUAAAGAAAUUUGGUAUUUCUUCCUAGGAAACAGGUAUAGGAAGGGCAUAUGUGAUUAAGUGGACUCUGACCAUCAGGACUCAGAGUGACCAGACAAAGCAUUGAUGCCCUGCAGCCCAAAAUCACGCUGCGACAUCAAAUGUUUCAUCAAGCAAACAGCAAGGCGCUCUUUACGCCGUGUUCUCUAGACCUGAAAAUGUCCUUCAUGGUUCAGUUGACAAAAUCUCUUUAGAAAACCUGAAAAAAUGUUAUCUCAGCUAUCCGCGAACAUUUCAGUCUCGGGCAAAGAAGUAAUGGUUCUUUCCAAAACAGAAGUCUGUUUCACGCACACACCUCCCAACCCCCAUCAUAGCUCUCCCUUUCUAUGUCCAGAGUGGAAGUUAAUGUUAUCAUGUCAGCUAUUUAAUGUGAACAAAAUGAUUGCUAAAUGUAGAAACACCACUGAUGCGCUCAGGGGAGGUUGCUGGCAGGGCAAACAAGCAACUCAUCAGAGGGGAAAAUCAUCCGCUUGGAAACCUACCUUGGUACCCAUUGCGAGUUCUAAGAGGUAGAUCAGAAAGCUGAUUUUCCCAUCUGCUAUAAAAUGCAAUCUGGACUGAGAGCAUCUGGAAAGUCAGCUUUCUGAUUCAGUAAGUAUAUGACUCCUUAUUCCACUUCAGAAAUGGGACACUUGACAGGUUUCGUGCCUGCUUUUUGAUGUUGCUUCUGUAGGUGAAUUAGUGUAGGAGCUAGUCUGUCAAAUACAGUAGACUGGUAUCAUUGAAUUCUGAUCUCUUCUGUUGUUUUUUUAAAUGAGAAUCUGGCUCACCAGUGUCAAUUGCUGCGUUCUGAUACAGUAAAUUGAGGGCAUCUAGUGGCCAAGAGUUAGAGUUUAGAAACGACCCACCUGAAUGCUGCUUUCACCAUGUGGAUACCUCAAAAGACCUUCCCUCUUUCUAAAACCUAAUAAGAACAAUCUACAGAGAAAUAUUCUGGAAACCAAUGCUAGUGUCUAACGAGGAAAAGCAAGUAGGCUCUUUGACAAGCCUUUCAAAACGAGACCUAGAAAGAAACCAUUUUUUUCCAGUUCCAAGUUUCAUAAGCAGAGUUUUUAUAAAUUAACAAACCCAUCUUGUCAGCCAGUGCUAGCAGAAAUUGUAAAGAGCAAAACCAAAGUUUUUGAUGUCAGUUUUAUUUUUGUAAGCAGGGUAUAGUCUAACCAUGGCCCACAUGGCACACACAGGCAGCCAGUUUUCUGCUACAUGAACCUUGGAAAAGAUGAGAAGGGAGGGCUGCCUGUUCUGCUGCCCUUUGUAAAGGUGUGUACCAGACAUGAGAGUGCUCGGGAGAGGGAGAGGUUACCUUCUCAUCCUGAUGGCCACCUUUUCAAAUGGGUUCACAGAACUGCCACAUGUCAUGGUCAGCUCAACUCUUGGCCAGUGGAAAAUUAUCUGGGCCUGUAUGUGUUGGGGCAACUCAGGUGGAAAAGGACUUGGAAACAGCGUGAAGAACUCUACAUCUGCUGUCUAAAGCACUUCAAAAAAGUUAAGAUCCCAGUGUUACUGGCUGAGUAUCUAGCUGCAUGGACAUUUGGGGGUUGACUUUAGUUGUGAUUAUUCCAGCUUUGGGCUUUGGAGAAGCAGUGGGAUGAUUUUCAGUCAUGCGGGUGUUAAGUCUAUGGAUUUGGAAUUUGUCCCUGAAAUCACUCAUUCGAAGUAUGACUUCAUGGUAGGGUCACCUCCUAGGUUUUUUAUUUUUUACAUAAAAUACAUCUGGUACUUCUUACUUAGGAAGUUUUACUAUGUCUAUUAAAAUGAUUAAAUGGGAAGGCCACCAAGAUUCAUUUAAUAGCUGAAAAGCAGUUUUUUAAAUAGAAUAGGAUGAAUUUAAUAUGGGCUGAUGUGACCUUCUGGGGAAUUUUUUUAUAGAGAGCUUACUUACAUACUGUAAUUGGGGAAAUUUUUGUCUUUUACUUCCAUUCAACAGUAGCAAACUGGUGGCUUUAUAAAAUUAACAUAGGAUGUUAUAUAAACAUGUUAUAUAAAAUAAUAUUAAAGUAUGUCUGACUGUGAAAAAGUGAAGACUUGGAGUUAUCGGCAACUUUUAUUUAUGUGCAAUAAGAAAAACUGGAGUUAGGCCCCCAAAGUGCUCCCUUUCCCUAGCAUUUUACUUAAUGUUUGCCUUUGUGUAUAUGUUUAGAUUGAUAUUAUAAAGCUAGCUACAUGUUUUCCUGCCUUUACUGAUAUUUAACACAUUUUUCUCAAAGCUUUUUUUUUUAACAAAACUCAAAAUAAAAAGAUUAACUGGGUGAGCUCAUCUUGCUUUGUAUUUCUAAAAGUAUUGUCCGUUAGUAGAAGAAUGCAGUAUGAUCCUGUUCUUAGUCUGUUUCUUUCCCUCACAGAGAGGUUCUGUUCUGGGUGGAAGCUAUUCCUCUCCAACUUCAUUUAGAACAGAGAUUGACAAAUUACGGCAGCCCCUGGACCAAAUCCAGCCUACUGCUUGUUUUUGUAAAUAAAGUUUUAUUGGCACACACUCCACUCACUCAUUUGCAUACUGUCUGUGACUGCUUUCACGCAGAGCUGAGGAGUUGUAACAGCAGUGAACAACUAGCUGCUCAUAAAGCCUGAACUAUUUACUAUCAGGGUCUUUACAGAAAAGUUUUUUGCUGACCCCUAAUUGAGAUGCUUGAAAAUUUUUAGUUUUAAAAUUAGAUCUAAAAAUCACAGCAACAGAUUUUUUUUUUAGAUGUUAAAAAUGUGCCUUAGGAUGAAAAGAAACACUUUAAACCUGGUCUCUGCCUGUGACUUCUCCUGGCCUGCAAUCAUCUUUAACAGGCUUUGAGUGUUGGCUAGUUGCUAAGAUUAUUGAGCUCGCUAUAGUUUCCUUCAUAGUCUUUGUGUUCUUUUGUAUGUAGACUAGCUUUUCCCUAAACCAUGCAAUUGAACUACAUCAUAACAGAGCAAAACCAAAUCUUGUCAUUAACAGUGACUCCAGAGUCAUUUAAUAAUAUAAUUUACAAAAACAUCAGAUAGAACAAUUUAAAAGCAAAAAUUUCUUUCAGUUCAUUAGGGUUCUCCCACCCCAGGGAGAGAAAUUACUUUUUAAAAAUCCAUUCAAGGGUCGGGGUGAGGGGAGCUAUUUGAAUUAGAGCUGGAUGAGUCAGAUUUUAAAAAAUACCACCCAGACCUUUUAUUUAAUAUUAAGUAAUUUAAUCAAGAUACACAGGACUGCACUUGAACCUUAUUCACAUUGAUGUUUUGUCCAGACACCUGCUGAUGGGAAAUGGUACCAAAUCACGUCUCUUCUUUGUUCUGAGAACGCCUUGUUGACAUGGCUCCAGCAGAGGCAGGGUCAGGCUGGGAACUAAAGCUCUUCCUAUUUUAUUGCCAUAAUUAUCCACAUUGCACUGUCACUUCCUUACUGGAAACUUCAUUUCAACCAAUGUGUCAGUCAUUAUUUAACAGCUCAUAAUAUUCCUGCUCCGCAGAAUAGCACAGCAGUUGGUACCAAGUCAAGCCCCAGUCUCUGACAGUGUGAUAGGCUGCCUCCACAGCAUGGCUUCUCCAAUGCUGGGACAACGUGCUGAGUGGCCUGGUUCGUGGUGACUGACCUGGAAGGGAAGGAACAAAGGAUGUUUGAACUUCAGAACACAGAAAUCCACGGAAAGCCUGUUGAACCUUGAUGACAUAAGGCCUCUUAAAUAUGAAACCUAUAAUCUUCCCUACCUAAGCUGCAUUAUCCAAUGCUGUAGACCCAUACAGAAUCAGUAUCUAUCAUUUCUGCUUGUGACCCAAGAGGUGUUUGGUGAGGAUAAAGAUAGGGGCACCUCUCUCAGUGUGACUGUGCUUUCUGCAGCUGCUGCUGUGGGGCGCCUGUUGAGAAGAAAACUUUCUGAGACCUGCUGGGUAGAGUGGGGUAAGGGCUGGGACUGCAGCUGUACCUUUAGGCACCGACCAUGCAACCAUCCACCUUUCACUUGUGUACUGGUUCAUAUGUGCGAAAUAAAUCAUGCCAACACGAUCAGCUGUUCUGUAAAACUGAGGCUGUAUAUAAGCAACGAGUCCAGCUUCCUACCUCUGUGGGAGCUGGGCUUUUUCCAUCUUCCAUUAAAACACAUUGCUGCAUCACUUUAUGGGAGCGGCAAAGGGUGAACUGACGAUGUUCAUGCUAGUUCUGCCACCAGUUUCUGGCUUUCUUGUGAUCCUUCCUCUGAUCCCGGAUAUGUGCCAGAUUUGACAUCAUUUUCUAAUGUAGUAAAACUUGAUAGAACUACUGAUGCAGCAGAGUUUGGGUAAGGAGCACUUUCAAGGUGAUUAAAAAUGUGCAAUAAAGAUUCACAUUAAGCAUUAGACAAGAACUGAUUUCAUAAAUGCCUUGAGGCCUGUCUCAUGACCUUUAGCAUUCUGUUAGUACUGGUUAUUUACAUAAAAAAAGAGCCAGCAUGUCAAAUUUCAGUUGAAUUUAGUUUAAUAAAAACCGAUUUCCAGACAGGCUGACUGUGGUUCCAGGUAAGGUAGAAUAGAUUCAUUGCUCCUUAUUCCUCCCACAAAGUGUAACUAAAAUUCCCAAAUAUAUUUAUAAGAUGAAGAUAAGACUCUGAAGGAUAGAAAAAACAAGCUGGACUGACUAGGGACCUUGGGAGUUGAGGAACAACACAGGUGUGAGUUGCCUGGGUUUUCUUUUUGCCGCCUCAAUAUCCUAGGAUGGAUGCUGAAGAAUCCAGCAGGCCAGAAAUACCAAUGGCCAUAGACCAUAAAAGCCCCAUGAAAAGCCUGUUAUCUCUAGCCAAAGGGCAGGGAAAGGGUCAGCCUAGAAAGAACCCAAGCACCUCAAAAACAAAAUCCCCCCUCCUGUCAGCAGAGGCGUAGGGGAAGCCAGGGCUUCUGGACUACCACCCCCACCUGGCAAUAACCAGGUGAUGCACCCCUUCUUCUACCAGCACAUUGUCAGUGGAGGCCUGCUAAAAUAAAUAAAAUUCAGAGAUUCAUAAUAUAUGUUCAAAUGUAUGCCAAAUGUUUAGGAUAUAAUAAAAAAAAUCACUUGUCAAACCAAGAACCAGGGAGAUUUUGACUUGAGUGAGAGAAGACACCUGACAGAUGCCAACACUGAAACAACACAGAUACUGAAAUUAUCCAAGAAGGAUUUUAAGCUACCAUCGUAAAAAUACUUCAAUUAGCAGUUACUUGAAGAAAAAAAAAUUCCUGGCAAAGAAAUAUAAUACAAAAAUGAAAGAGGAACCAAAUGGAAAAUUUAGAACUGUAAAAUACAAUAACCAAAAUUUUAAAAGCUCACUGGAUGGGCCAAAUUGCAGAAUACAGAUGACAGUAAAGAAUUAGUGAGUCUGAAAAUAUAACUAUAGAAAUUACCCAAUCUGAACAAAAGAGAGAAAGUAGAGUGAAAAAAGAUGAAUAGGGCAUCAGGGACCUGUGGUACUACAAUAAAUGAUCUAGUGUUCAUUUUUUUAAAAUCAGAGUUCCAGAAAGAGGGGAUAGCGAUCGAGGCUGAAAAAGUACUUGAAUAAAUACGGCUAAAAAUUUCCCACAUUCGGCAAAAGACCUACAGAUUCAAGAGGUUGGGUGAACCCCAACAAAACCCCAAAGAAAUCUACACCAAGAUACAGCAUAAUCAAAUUUCGGGAAAGUAAAGACAAAGAAAAAAUCUUGAAAGCAACUAGAGAGAAAUGAUGCACUACUUAUGGAAACAAUGAUUUGAAUGUCAGUGGAUUUCAUAUCUGAAACCAUGGAGGCCAGAAGGAAGUGGCAUGACAUUUUUCAAGAGCUGAAAGAAAAUAACUGUCAACUCAGACUUCUAUAUUCCAUGAUAAUAUCCUUCAGGAAUGAAUGUGAAAUAAAGACAUUCUCAGAUGAAGGAAACUAAGAGAAUUUAUUGCCAAUAGAACUGCUGUAAAAGAACUGCUAAAGGAAGUUUUUCCAGCAGAAAAGAAAGGAUAAAAGAAGGAAACUUGAAACAUCAUGAAGAAUGAACAGAAAGGAUAAAAUAGAAGUAAAUUUAAUAGACUAUUCUCUUGAGUUUAAAAAAUUAUGUUUGACAGUUGAGGCAAAAAUUAUAACAUUGUAUGAUGUAGUUCUCAAUAUACAGAGAGAAAAUAUUAUAAGAGAAUUAUAAAGGGCACAGGAUAAUGGAACCUAAAUGGACAUAAAGUUUCUACACUUCACUUGAGGUGGUAGUAAAAUGUUGAGACCAGUAGGUUGUGAUUAGUUACAUACGUGUAACCUAAAGAAGCCACUUUUUUGUGCAGCAAAGAAAACCAUAAACAAAACGAAAAGACAGCCAACAGAAUGGGAGAAAAUAUUUGCUAAUGAUGCAACCAACAAGGGAUUAAUUUCCAAAAUAUACAAACAGCUCAUACAGCUCAAUAUCAAAAACAAAAACCCAAUCAAAAAAGGGGCUGAAGAUCUAAAUGGACAUUUCUCCAAAGAAGACAUACAGUGGCCAACAGGCACAUGAAAAAAUGUUCAACAUUGCUAAUUAUUAGAGAAAUGCAAAUCAAAACUACAAUGAGGUAUCACCUCACUCUGGUCAGAAUGGCCAUCAUCAAAAAGUCUACAAAUAAUAAAUGCUGGAGAGGGUGUGGAGGAAAAGGAACCCUCCUACCCUGUUGGUAGGAAUGUAAAUUGGUACAGUCACUACGUGGAACAGUAGGGAGGUUCCUUAAAAAACUAAAAAUAGAACUACCAUAUGACCCAGCAAUUCCACUACUGGGCAUAUACCCAGAGAAAACCAUAAUUCAAAAAGACACAUGCACCCCAAUGUUCAUUGUAGCACUAUUUACAAUAGCCAGGACAUGGAAGCAACCUAAAUGUCCAUCGACAGAGGAAUGCAUAAAUAAGAUGUGGUACAUAUAUACAAUGGAAUAUUACUCAGCCAUAAAAAGAAAUGAAAUUUGAGCUAUUUGUAGUGAGGUGGAUGGACCUAGAGUCUGUACAGAGUGAAGUAAAUCAGAAAGAGAAAAACAAAAUACUGUAUGCUAACACGUAUAUAUGGAAUCUAAAAAGAAAAAAAAAUGGUUCUGAAGAACACAGGGGCAGGACAGGAAUAAAGACACAGACGUAGAGAAUGGACUUGAGGACAUGGGGAGGGGGAAGGGUAAGCUGGGAUGAAGUGAGAGAGUGGCAUGGACUUAUAUUUACUACCAAAUGUAAAAUAACUACUGGGAAGCAGUCGCAUAGCACAGGGAGAUCAGCUGGGUGCUUUGUGGCCACUUAGAGGGGUGGGAUAGGGAGGGUGGGAGGGAGACGCAAGAGGGAGGAGAUAUGGGGAUAUAUGUAUAUAUAUAUAUAGCUGAUUCACUUUGUUAUAAAGCAGAAACUAACACACCAUUGUAAAGCGAUUAUACUCCAAUAAAGAUGUUUAAAAAAAUCUACGUAAACCAACAUCUAACCUCAUUAUUUAUGGUGAAAGACUGAAUACUUCCCCCUUAAGAUCAGGAAGAACACAAAGGUGUCUGCACUUACCAUUCUUAUUCAACAUAGUGCUAGAAGUUCUAGCCAAUGAAAUAAGGCAAGAAAAAGAAAAGCCAUAUUGAUUGGAAAGAAAGAAAGAAAACAGUCCUUAUUUGUGUUUAUAUGAUUAUGUACAUAGAAAAUCCCAAGGAAUACAAAACAAACUCCUAGAACUGAUAAGUGAAUUCAGCAGAUUUGCAGGUACAAGAUCAAUAUUUAAAAAUCAACUUUAUAUAUACUAGAAAUGAAUAUCUUAAAACCAAAUUUUAAAACUCAUGCUAUUUAUGAUCGCUCAAAUUAAAUACUUAGGUGUAAAUCUAACAAAACAAUAAAGGACCCGUAUGCCAAAAACUACAAAACACCAAUAAAAGAAAUCAAACAAUCUAAAUCAAUAGAGAGAUAUAACUAUGUUCAUGGAUUGGAAGACUCAAGUAAAGAUGUCAUUUUUUCCCCAAAUUGAUUUAUAGUUUUAACAAUAUUCCUACCAAAUUCUAUCAAUGCCUUUUAUACAUACAGAGAAGCUUAUUCUAAAAUUUAUAUGGAAAGGCAAAAAAACUAGAAUAGCUAAAACCUUUCUGGAAAAGAAUAGAGUAGGAAUAGUCACUCUAUUCAAUAUUAAGCUACAUCUAACGACAUUAAUCACAACAGUGUGAUACUGGUGAGGGACAGGCAGUUCUUAGACAUGACAUCAAAUGCACAAUCUACAAAAGAAAAAAUGAUAAAUCGGAUUUCAUCAAAAUUUUAAAACUUCUGCUCUGCCAAAGAUCUUGUUAGGAUGAAAAGACAAGAUACAGUCUGAGAGAAAAUAUCUACAACCACAUAUCUGACAAAGGGCUUUUAUCUAGAAUAUACCAAUCACUCUCAAAAUUCAAGAGUAAAAAACCAAUCCAGUUAGUAAAUGGGCAAAACACCUGAACCAACAUUUCACCAAAGAGGAGAUAUGGAUGGCAAAUAAGCACACAAAAAGAUGUUCAACAUCACUAGCCACUAGGAAAAUGCAAAUGAGUACAAUAACAUACCACUUCAUACCUAUUAGGACAGCUAAGAUACAACAUAGCAACAAUACCAAGUGCUGGCGAGGCUGCACAGAAAUUUCUCUCUCAUACAUUGCUGGUGGGAAUGUAAAAUGGUACAGCCACCCUGAAAAACAGUUUGGUAGUUUCUUAUAAAACUAAACAUAAUAUACCACACAAACCAGCAAUUCCACUCCUGGGCAUUUAUCUCAGAGAAAUGAAAUUUUACGUCCACACAAAAACGUAUACCCAAAUAUGCACUGCAGCUUUAUUUGUAAUAGUCCAAAACUGGAAACAAUCCGAAUGCCCUUCAAAUGGGUUAAUGGUUAAACAAACUGUGGUACUUCCAUACCAUGGAAAACUACUCAGCAAUGAAAAGGAAUGAAUUAUUGAUACAUGCAACAACCUGGAUGGAUAUCCAGAGAAUUACACUCAAUGAAAACAGACAAUCUCAAAAGGUCAUAUAUUGUAUGAUUCCAUUUGUAUAACAAUCUUGAAAUAACACAAUUACAGAGAUGGGGUACAGAUUGGUGUUUGCCAGGGAAAGGGGUGGGAUGAGGUAGGGUAUGCGACUAUAAAGGGAUAGCACAAGAGUUUCUUUUUGCUGAUGGAACAGUUCUGUAUCUCGAUUGUGGUGAUGUUUACGUAUAUGUGAUAAAAUCACACAGAUCUAUGCACACACAUACACACAAAAUGAGUGCACGUAAAAACUGUUAAAAACUGAAUAAG